AUGUGCAAGGUUGGUGAGCUUGUGCUCACCGUCUCGGUGUUCAUUCUCAUAGACACAGAGUGGUCGUCUACCUCUCUUCCUGUAAUAUUCGUCUCCGCACACUUUAGAAGAGAUCAGCCACGUUGUACCCGAACCCAUGCAAUCACCGCCCCUACCAGAAAUAUGAUAGUGAUCGACGAAUUCUCUGCUGCGGCGGUGAGAAUUAUGCUGCUUUUUAUUUAUACGGGUUCAAUUUCUCUGCAGGACUUAGACUUGAAGGAGGCUUCUGACGUGUUAGAAUUGUCAGAAAAGUACAAUAUUCCCGCUCUUAAGACAAUGUGUGAGAAAAACCUUAUUCCGAGAGUUUGUUCUGCAAAUCUUAUUGACUGUUUGGAGUUGGCUGAUUUCCAUCAAGCGAACUAUUUGUACAAGCACUGCCUUGAUUUUAUUAAAGCCAAUAAAUGUGUUGUAUUGGAUACGGAAGCAUGGUCCGCGUUAGUGGAUCGCAAUCCGAGAUUUUGCAGCUCGAUAAUGGACCGUGUGAUUCGUUCAGAUCACAAGAACUCUCCACCUAUGAAGAGAAGCCGAUUACAGCAGUAA